AUGGCAGAAAAUAUGAGAUCUCUCAGAAACUUUUUUCUAUACGAGUGUUUGUUUGCAUUAACUUUUUGGAACCAUAUCAGCCUGUCUGUGGAAAAUGAACUCUUUACACCUGUUUCUAGUGAUUUUCGAGAAGAUGGUUCUGACAAAAAAAUCAAGAGCCUGCCACUCCUGUACACAAAUAGUCAUCAGUCCAAAGCUAAUUUUGAAUGGGUUGUGAUACAAAAUACUACAGAAAGCCUGUCAUUGUCGGAAAUCACAAAUGACAAUGUAAAAAAAUUAGUAGCUUUAUUAUCUAAUUUUGGAAAAGGCUCCAGGUUACAAAAUCUGACACUGACAAAUGUGUCAGUGGACUGGAAUGUUCUUACUGAAAUUUUUCAGACUGUAUGGCACUCAUCCAUUGAAUACUUCAAUAUUAACAGUGCAACACAAUUGUCAGACAUCAGCAGUUACAACUUUAACUAUUCAGGUACCUCUAUGAAAGCAUUGACAAUGAAGAAAAUUGUAAUCACGGAUCUGUACUUCACGCAGGAUGACCUAUACAGAAUAUUUGCAGACAUGAACAUUGAAGCCUUGACAAUAGCUGAAUCAGAGAUGAUACAUAUGGUGUGUCCUUCAUCUGACAGUCCCUUUAGAUACUUAAAUUUUUUAAACAAUGAUUUAACAGAUCUUCUUUUUCAAAAAUGUGAAACAUUAAUUCAACUGGAGACAUUAAUCUUGCAGAGGAAUAAAUUUGAGAGCCUUUCCAAGGUAAGC